UAUACUCUAUUAUCCACCAGACCAGCAAGUUUCUUUCCUAGGUUUUCUUGGUCCUUUUGAUUCAUAUCUAGGAUUUCGCUUAAAUGACCAAAGACUUGCAUUUUCUGAAGAAUGGUGUCUCAAAAGUUGAAUUUUCAACAUUCUUACUUUCCAAUUGACAUUUCAAUGACAGGGAAUUUUGCUUAAGGAGUAAUUGAGUUACUGUUGUAUUAUUGUUGAUAGCCUAGAGCUGGAGGUUUUAAUCUUUGGUUGGAACAAGUUGUUUAGCCACAAUAAUGGCACUGGCUUCUCUUCAAAAAGUCAUCUUUGGUUCAAUUGCAUUUGCAAUCUUCUGGGUAUUGGCAGUUUUCCCAGCUGUUCCUUUUCUCCCCAUUGGGAGAACUGCAGGGUCCUUGCUAGGUGCCAUGCUUAUGGUUCUAUUCCGAGUUAUUAGUCCAGAUGAAGCUUAUGCCACAAUAGAUCUCCCAAUUCUUGGUCUUCUUUUUGGGACAAUGGUUGUUAGUGUUUAUCUUGAAAGUGCAGACAUGUUUAAGUACUUAGGGAAGUUGCUCUCUUGGAAAAGUAGAGGAGCAAAGGACUUACUUUGUCGAAUCUGUCUUAUUUCUGCUGUAUCAAGUGCUCUUUUCACAAAUGACACCUCAUGUGUUGUUUUGACAGAGUUCAUAUUGAAAAUUGCAAGGCAGCAUAAUAUCCCUCCAACCCCUUUCUUACUUGCCCUUGCUUCAAGUGCUAAUAUUGGAUCCUCAGCUACUCCAAUUGGCAACCCCCAAAACCUUGUUAUAGCUGUUCAGAGUAAAAUAUCAUUUGGAAAUUUCUUGAUUGGUAUUCUUCCAGCUAUGCUAGCAGGAGUUGUUGUGAAUGCUUUGAUUCUUCUAACCAUGUAUUGGAAGUUAUUAUCUGUUCAUAAGGAUGAAGAAGAUGCAGUUUCAGAUGUUGUAACAGAAGAGGAGGUUAAUUCCCAUCGGUUUUCUCCAGCCACAAUGUCUCAUUUUACAUCCUUAAAUUCUCAAGAAUGGAAUUCCCAUCUUGAAUCUAUUAAUAUUCAGAACUUUCCUCCAGUUCAGACUCUAAGAAUCCGAGAAAGUGCAAGUACAAUUGAAAGUGAAAUUCACGUGGUUCCUAGCAACACAAUUGAUUCUGCAAGAAAUUCAAAUGUGUCAAAGGAGGGGAUAAAUGGUGUGCCAUCUCUGCCAUGGCAAGAAACUAGCCCUUCAAAUUCUUCAGCAGCAAGAGAUACACAUUCUGAGCACUCUUCAGAAACGAAAAAAAAUUCAAUCAUAAAAUGGAAAAGGGUGCUGUGGAAAUGCUGUGUUUAUGCCAUCACAUUAGGAAUGUUGGUAGCUUUGCUUCUAGGUUUAAAUAUGUCAUGGACUGCAAUUACUGCUGCACUUGCUCUGGUGGUUCUAGAUUUCAAAGAUGCUAGACCAUGCUUAGAGAAGGUUUCAUAUUCACUUUUGAUAUUCUUCUGUGGAAUGUUUAUCACGGUAGAAGGCCUCAAUAAAACUGGAAUUCCAAGUGCUCUGUGGGACCUGAUGGAGCCCUAUUCCCAAGUAAAUCAUGCUAGUGGAGUUGCAAUACUUGCAAUUGUCAUAAUUGUCCUGUCAAAUGUGGCUUCAAAUGUUCCAACAGUUCUCUUGCUGGGAGCACGUGUAGCAGCCUCAGCUGCAGCAAUUUCCAAAGCAGAUGAGAAGAAGGCAUGGCUGAUAUUGGCUUGGGUGAGCACCGUAGCAGGGAAUCUCUCAUUAUUGGGAUCAGCUGCUAACUUGAUAGUGUGUGAACAAGCUCGACGAGCUCCUUACCUACCAUACACAUUAAGCUUCUGGAGUCAUCUCAAAUUUGGCCUUCCUUCCACUCUUGUAGUUACUGCUGUUGGUUUGGCACUCAUAAGAUGAUAAUGACUUUUUACUCAGAAGUGUCUUCUUGUAGAAAUUUGCACAAAAGUAAAAGAAAAAUUGAAAAAUCAGUGUUUAUGUCUGAACUGUAGGUGGUACUAGAGAACCAGGUAUCUAUGUAUCCCUUGAAGGGUGAAGUAUAUCACUUUAAGGGUAUCCUUAAGCAGCAAUGGUAUGAACUAAAGCUCUACAGGAGUUUCCUAGGUGCUGUAUCAAAAGGGGAGGGGAGGUUAUAGUGGCUCUCUAUAUUAAGAGCAUAACAGUUCAUGCAAUGAGUGAAUAGUGUGUGUUCAUUGAUGGUGAAGGGAAUAUUUAUAGGUAGGGUUGAACUCCUCAUGUGUAUGUGUGUGAGAGGGAGCCAAGUCAACAGAGGCUAGCCUGAGCCACUAUAACCUGACCUUGUUGGGGCAAGACAUAUGCAAUAAGGGUAAAGAAUUUUUU